AUGUCCGGUCACCAUACCGGCCGCGCCCCCUCUGCUGCGAACCCAAACAGUUCAACUGCCCAGGACACAAAUCAGGUCGCCGUAUGGUUCCAGAAGUUUGCACCCUUCGUAUACGACACAAGUGCCAGCACCAGGAGUAACUUUGAUCGUCUCGCCUCACAGCGCAACUGGGGUGAUAAGCUUCGAAGGAAGCAGUGGACCAGUUUGCAGGCGGUCUCAGCGGCGUCAAACCAUGCUGACGCGGACGAUGAUGUUCAUACCGACACCCCAAACCAGGGCGGCGCAUGGUUCCAGCAGUUCGACAAUUUCGUACACGAUCCAACGGUCGGAAUCAGGAGCAAUUUCGAGCGUCUAGCAGCACAACGCAGCUGGGGCAACAGACUGAAACAGAGGCGUUGGGCUGAAUGCCAGGAGGAGGAAUUCGGCUAUGCAUAUGGAACGAAUACAACAAAGCUAGAGAUCUGGCAGAGGCUAUGCCGUGAGGUGCUUGGCAGCCGAAACGUCCUGGUCAAUCUGAUGAACCUUAUUGACCAUCGUAACAUCGGCGUGGAAGUGAUCCGAUUCAAGAACUACUCCAAGUUCCGAGCGUACACCACAUUGCAGGGCAAUGUGUUUCCGCUGAAGAAGGCGAAGGAAGAUUGCUUCAUCAGGGCGUUGUUAAGGAAGUUGUGA